UUCACAAUCACUAAAAUAAAGCGAAGCCAAAGUGGCACUGCCAAACUGCCAAUUUCCCAAACAAACAUUUCAAAAUUGAUUUCAUUUCCCACUAUUCAUAAUUCACCGCUAUUCAUCAGACUACCAACUUCGUUGAUUGAUUGAUUGAUCGAUUAAAUCACAACCGUUGAAUCGGUUUUUUUCAUUUCUGAUAGGCUCUCUCUCUGUCACAGUCUCACUAUCUCGAUCUUGAUCGUAGAGUCAUGGAGGUCCGGCCCAAUCCGACGGAGGACAACGCGUCGAUCCCGCAGCCGCAUCAUCGCCAUGCAGCGGCGGCUCCACUUAAACAGGCCACCAAUUCGCCUAUACCCGUCGACACAUCUUCUGUUUCUCAAAGGCUUCAAAAGGAAUUGAUGUCUCUCAUGAUGAGUGGAGGGGAUUUAGGAGUAUCAGCUUUUCCUGAGGGCGAGAGCAUUUUUACAUGGAUUGGUACGAUUGAGGGUGGAAAAGGAACUAUGUAUGAGGGUUUAUCUUACAAACUCUCAUUACGUUUUCCCAUGGACUACCCUUUUAAACCACCCCAAAUCAAGUUCGAGACGAUGUGCUUCCAUCCGAAUGUUGAUCAGUUUGGCAACAUUUGUCUUGACAUACUUCAGGACAAAUGGUCUUCAGCUUAUGAUUGUAGAACAAUUCUUUUGUCCAUUCAGAGUCUAUUGGGAGAGCCUAACCCAGAGAGUCCUCUCAACAGCUAUGCUGCAGCUUUAUGGUGCAAUAAGGAAGAUUACCAAAAAAUGGUCCACAAACAGUAUUUUGCUGGGGAAGCAUUUGAAAGCUGAUUGAUAGACUUCUGUCACCACAGAAAACAAAGUUGGAUGUUGUUCCCAUAUAAUAUCUGUAAAGUUGGGAAAAAGUAGAUUCGGCUUUAAAGUUCAAAGUAUAGUUUUGUUCUCAAUUUCUCGUGGUCUGUCAUGAAUGAAACAUUGAAUUGUUGAUAUAGUAGUUUGUUUCACAUUGUCAAUUUGGUGAUGCUUGAGAAACCGGAAGAGAUUGAGACCUUUUUCUCUAACUGAAGGAGUUGAUUUGUAUUAUGAAGUUGCAAAAAAUAAGUUCACAAGAAGUUGUAAAUUUGUUGAUAUCAAUUGAACGUGACAAUAUUGAUGUAGAGCUAUGUUACAUGGUGAUUAAUGAAUUUGGAUGCCUCCCAUCAGAUAUGUUUGAUUCUGAUG